GGUUGCACAUAUAAGUGAGAGAGAGAGAGAGAGAGAGAGAGAGGCCAUUCGGAAGUUGAAAAGCUACUUAGGUCUAGAAGAUUCGUCGGAAAAGGAAAACACAUAGAAUGGGGCGGAAGAAGCUCGAAAUGAAGCGGAUCGAAGAUAAGAGUGGCCGGUUAGUGACGUUUUCGAAGCGGAGAGCGGGAUUGAUUAAGAAAGCACGGCAUCUUUCCGUGCUCUGCGACGUCGAUGUCGCCGUCAUCGUAUUCUCCGCCCGCGGCAAGCUCUAUGAAUCCUGCACCGGCAGUACUAACAGGAUGGAACAUAUUCUUUCCAGAUAUCAGAAAAGCUGCCUUGAAGAGGAGGUAAAGGAAGAGGAGAGAACCUUCCAAGGAGCUGGUGAAGAUUUAUGCAAACGUUUUCAAACAUGUAAAGAGCUUCUACAGAUGGUGGACAGGCUUGUUGAAGAGAAAAAUAAUAAUAAUGAGCUCUCUCUGAUUGAGAUUACACAACUAGAAGAAGAUCUUGAUGCUGCUCUUGUGCAAACAAGGUCAAGAAAGACACAAUUGAUGGUGGAGUACAUAUCAACCCUCCAAGAACAGGAAAAGAAGUUGGGUGAAGAUAAGGAACAACUGGAGAAGCUGAUUGCAACAUCAGAAGAAAAGCAGAUCGAGGAAGAAGGGACGUUGAAGGUCUGAACGACCUUGCAACUAACAAGAUGAAUUCGCCUCAACAUCUCACUCUCUCUCUCUUUUUGAUGCCUAAAAGUCACUACCCUUGCUUCCUGCAAAAAAACAGAUCUUUAAACGGGGAAAUUUAAGUCAAUAAAUUAUGUUUGGAAGAUCCCAUCCAAACACAACAUGCAUUUUAAUGCCAUGGUGAAGCUGAUUAUAUGGUUGCAAAUUUAACCCUCAAAUGCUCAUCUCAUGGAACCCCAAAGUGUGCGAGUUCUGGAGUUUACGUCUAUCCUUAUACUGUGUGUUUGUUGAGUGGGUGUGGGAAGUUGUGUAUACAAAAUG